AUGAGGCGAGUAAAAGAGGCGGCGGCUGACGCGCUCACCGCCGCCGUUGACGGGACUGCCGCCGGAUCGUCUGCACUCACAGCUACCGCCGGGCGCCCCGAGUCGUUGGAAACGAAGUUGCCACUAUCGAAGCGUGCGCGUCUGCCAGAUCCCGCCCGGUUUUUGUUGGUGGUCAUCCUAAGUUUCGCGCUGUCUUCGCUCGGGACCACAUUCCUGGAUUACUGGACGCAGAACGAGCUGGCCGACAUUGCCAGACCAGCAACCUCUAGAACCGAGACGUCCAUCUUAAUCGCUUGGGAAUUAUUUGGUUUAGCCCUGGGCUGGCUCGGCGACUACGAUGGCUACGAUCUUGCAGCUCUUGCCUUCCUCUCGCGUGGUCCUGCAACACUUCUCCUGUCCGUCUUCUACGGAAUUCGUGCCGUGACCGCCGGCGCUUACCUCGCGGUCCAUGUCGCAUCGACCUUCUUACCCUUCUUCCUCCUGCGGCAACUUUCUGGCGCCCACUCAGCCGCUCCUGGCAUCCCCAACCGGGAAAUCGUCGUCGACAGAGGAAUCCAACUGCUUACUGCCCUCCAGCCGGCACUCGUCUACAGUGUCGUUUUGUUCCUGGCAAGCCGCACUUUCCUUCCCGAUGCAAUGGUACUGUACUUUAACGGCAUCCCCACCAUCCGGCCUGCAACGGAUGCCACUAUGCUCGGCUUCGGCAGCCCGAUAAGCCAGGCGUUCAGCUUGUUGUUGGGGCUAGCUGCGCGCACCUUCAUCUUCACUCCACUUGUCACAACUGGGCCGACGCCACAAGAUCAGAAAAAUGCCGAAUUCGAUCCCGCCAACGCCACUCUCUGGCAGACCGUUGUGUGGAACCUGUGGGGGUAUUCUACCCAGACCAAAGUGUCCCUCCGCCGGACAGCCGUGGCCAUGCUGUUCACGGCUGUUGGCACAUUCCUGGAUACCGCAAUGGCAAUCAAGGGUGUCGAGCCGUACGGCGCAGUGGUAUACAGCAGCAUAUGGCUCAUUGCUGCCCUUGUGACUGGUCUCAUGUUGAGAUAUGUAGGGGGGAUAUGA